GGAUCUCUGCAGGGGGUAAGUAGGGACUGAGCUAGCCCUGUUCGCAGCUGCUCGGAAGCCUUGGUCGGGACGUGGACUGGCUGCUUUCUGGCCCCAUGGCUGUAUGGUCAGUAUCCCGGACGCUCAGGGGGCUCCUGCAGGCUGCCGGUCGGGGCUGCAGUUCAGGGGCCCCCGCCACGCUGCCUCGGAGUGGGGAGCCGGCUUUGCAAGAAGCCGAGGUGUUAUCCCCAGCCAAGAGGAGGGAGUUCCUACGAGAUCAUGCUGCCCCCUUCUCUGCUUUCCUCACUGACAGCUUUGGCAGAAAACAUAACUACCUGCGCAUUUCCCUCACUGAGAAAUGUAACCUUCGUUGUCAGUACUGUAUGCCUGAGGAGGGCGUCCCGCUAACUCCCAAGGCUGACCUGUUGACCACAAGGGAGAUUCUGACCCUUUCCCGGCUCUUUGUGAAGGAAGGGGUGGACAAGAUCCGACUCACGGGUGGGGAGCCUCUCAUCAGACCUGACGUGGUAGAUAUUGUGGCUCAACUUCAACAGCUGGAUGGCCUGAAGACCAUUGCCAUCACCACCAAUGGGAUCAACCUCGCCCGGCUGCUACCUCGGCUCCAGGGAGCUGGGCUCAAUGCCAUCAACAUCAGCCUAGACAGCCUAGUGCCGGCAAAGUUUGAGUUCAUCGCUCGUAGGAAAGGCUUUCACAAAGUUAUGGAAGGCAUCCAUAAGGCCAUUGAGUUGGGUUUUGACCCUGUCAAGGUGAACUGUGUGGUGAUGCGUGGCCUGAAUGAAGAUGAGCUGCUGGAUUUUGUGGCCCUCAGUGAGGGGCUCCCACUGGACGUGCGCUUCAUCGAGUACAUGCCCUUUCAUGGUAACAAGUGGAACUUUAAGAAGAUGGUCAGUUAUACGGAAAUGCUGGACAUGAUCCACCAGCGCUGGCCAGAGCUGGAGAAGCUACCAGAGGAAGCCUCUAGCACAGCUAAGGCCUUCAGGGUCCCUGGUUUCCGAGGCCAGGUCAGCUUCAUUACAUCUAUGUCUGAGCAUUUCUGUGGGACCUGCAACCGUCUCCGAAUCACAGCUGAUGGAAACCUCAAGGUUUGCCUCUUUGGAAAUUCAGAAGUGUCUCUACGGGAUCACCUUCGGGCUGGGGCCUCCGAGGAGGAGCUGCUGAGCAUCAUUGGAGCUGCCGUGGGCAGAAAGAAGCAGCAACAUGCAGGCAUGUUCAACAUUGCCCAGAUGAAGAACCGACCCAUGAUCCUCAUCGGGUGCUUCCCAAAGCUUGGAGAUGCUCCUCUCACCUCUUCCAGCCUUCCUCCCCGGGACCCUCUUCACAUCCAGGUGCUCAGAGCCAGACAGAGUUUCUCCAGCCACAUGGGAGCCAGGUGGACAAGAGGGGGAUUACCACGAGUCCUUCCUCCAACCCAGCCAAGGCUAGAGGCAAGCUCUUCCUGGAGAUUCUACAGCUCUUACCCCCAAGAUCCUGACUGCAGCACUAAGUGCCUUAACACAGACACAUCAGUUGUCCCAGCCACCCCCAGACUCUCUCCUCUCUCAGACCAGCUGACCCACGUGGACUCAGAGGGGCGGGCUGCCAUGGUUGAUGUGGGUGGAAAGCCAACCACAGAGCGGGUGGCUGUGGCCUCUGCUGUGGUCUUCCUGGGGCCUGAGGCCUUCAAGCUUGUCCACCAGAACCAGCUACAGAAAGGUGAUGCCUUGGCUGUGGCCCAACUGGCCGGAAUCCAGGCAGCCAAACUGACCAGCCAGCUGAUCCCACUGUGCCAUCAUGUGGCUCUGAGCCAUGCCCAAUUACAGCUGGAGCUGGAUGCCACCCGCCAUGCUGUAGUGAUCCAGGCAGCCUGUCGGGCAUGGGGUCCCACUGGUGUGGAAAUGGAAGCCCUCACUUCUGCUACCAUAGCUGCCCUCACCCUGUAUGACAUGUGCAAAGCAGUCAGCAGGGACAUUGUGCUGGGAGACAUCAAAUUGCUUAGUAAAACAGGGGGCCAGCGAGGGGACUUUCACCGGAGCUCAAAUUCCGAACCCUCUCAGUCCCAACUCUGACAGA